AUGAUUUUCCUUGAACGGCAACUGGGUGAUGAGAAACAAAUCAAAACUGGCAACGGCAAUGCUGCGACGACUCCAGCUCUGUUGCGGUUGACGAUGAGGUUAGCAAAUAGUCGGACAGAAAUUGAACAGCCCAACUAUGGAAAAUUCCGGAGACGCAGCUGCCACGAUCUCGUUAGACUGAAGGCCUGGGUCACAGCGGCGAACACCGCGUACGAGAGAAAGAAGCUUCGUCGUGUAGGUGGGAAAGCGUCAGACUGA